UUCGUCAGAGGAGAACCUGUAACAGAAAAAAAGGAAUCCGCUGAAGAAGAAAUCUCACGCUUUGGCACUCGGCGACUCCUCAAGGAGAAAGAGCCGGAGUUUGAGCACGAUCUUCGGCGCUCGCGCCCGUGCAUUUGACCGAUGCCGUGAUUGAACCGUGAACGCGGAGCUGGCGCUUUUGUUUAGUUAUUUUUUUGUCUGUUAUAUCAAGCGCUGAGAUCAAGAGAGCGGCUCAGAAGUUUCCACUCCUCUAACUACAGGAAUGUCCCAGAAGGAGAGACCGACUUUCUAUCGACAGGAGCUCAAUAAGACCAUAUGGGAGGUGCCGGAGCGCUACCAGAACUUGUCGCCCGUGGGUUCUGGAGCUUAUGGAUCCGUAUGCUCCGCGUUAGACACAAAAUCAGGCCUGAGGGUCGCCGUCAAGAAGCUGUCCCGGCCGUUCCAGUCCAUCAUCCACGCCAAGCGCACAUACAGAGAACUGCGGCUCCUCAAACACAUGAAACACGAGAAUGUAAUUGGUCUACUAGAUGUUUUCUCACCCGCUACCUGUCUAUCAGGAUUCAAUGACGUGUAUCUGGUGACCCACCUCAUGGGAGCAGAUCUCAACAACAUCGUCAAGUGCCAGAAGCUGACAGAUGAUCACGUCCAGUUCCUCAUUUAUCAGAUCCUACGAGGACUGAAGUAUAUUCACUCGGCGGACAUCAUCCACAGAGAUCUAAAACCCAGUAACUUGGCUGUAAAUGAAGACUGUGAACUUAAGAUUCUGGACUUUGGGCUGGCCCGGCUGACUGAUGACGAAAUGACGGGAUACGUUGCCACCCGAUGGUACCGUGCCCCAGAAAUCAUGCUCAACUGGAUGCACUACAACAUGACAGUGGACAUCUGGUCGGUUGGCUGCAUAAUGGCUGAGCUGCUCACAGGACGGACUCUGUUUCCCGGCACCGAUCAUAUUGAUCAGUUGAAGCUUAUCUUGAUGCUCGUCGGAACCCCAGAGCCAGAGCUCUUGAUGAAAAUCUCGUCGGAGUCUGCCAGGAACUACAUCAAUUCCCUUCCUUAUAUGCCCAAGCGGAACUUUGCAGAUGUGUUUAUUGGUGCAAACCCAAUGGCGGUGGAUCUGCUGGAGAAGAUGCUGGUUCUGGACACAGAUAAACGGAUCACCGCGUCCCAGGCUCUCGCGCACCCGUACUUCACCCAGUACCACGACCCGGAUGACGAGCCCGAGGCCGAUCCCUACGACCAGAGCUUCGAGAGCCGCGAUCUGGACAUCGAAGAGUGGAAAAGGCUCACGUAUGAAGAGGUGAUCAGCUUCGAGCCUCCCGCGUUCGACGGAGACGAGAUGGAGUCGUGAAGGCCGCUUCUUCAAAACGGGAGAAUGACGUUCAAGUGCCUGCCAACAUCAAGUGCUGGCUUCCCGGUGUUCUCAGACUGCUUAUCCUGGCCUUCAUACGCGAUCUGUCAAAUAAGGGGGGGGGAAUAGGACACAGAGAAUGUAAGGUUUUGUGUCCUGUGCCCCAGUAAGUUAUUGCCGUCAUUUACUCGCCUCGUAGGUUUUUCUAAACCUGUAUGAGUUUAUUCAUCUGUUAAACACAGAAGACGAUGUCGGUAACCAAACGGUUUCUGGUAGCCAUUGACUUCCAUAGUAUUCCACUAUAAAUCGCUCAUACAGGAUUGGAACAACUUGAGGGUUGAGUUAUAUUUUUGGGUGAACUAUCCCUUUAAUUACUUGGACACGUAAAAUGAAUGCAUUCUCUUAAAAAAAAAAAAGCAAUCAAAUUCAAAACAGCGUUUUAAGCUCAAAGUUUAAGAUUCUUUCUCUGGGGAAGCAAACUCCGCUCGUAGCCUACACGAUAAAUAGAGGCCAGAAAAACCAGAGUACCGUCAGAAUACUACGUGUAAAUAAAAUGGCACUGCUGUACAUAAAUGAUAAUAAUGUGCACCAACAGUUUUCUUUGGUAUUCGCAGCGAAGCACACGUCACCGGAUGUGAUCUGCAUUAUAAAUAGCGAAUGAACGAGUGAAUCCUGUCACCUAAAGAGAAUGUAAUUAUUCAGCGCUCUGUGUAGAAUGUAAACAGAAGAGUAUAUUGAAGCAGUGUUUUUUCUGACGACUGCAUCUCUGUCUCGGGACAGUAAUAGACGACACGAACAGUAACGCUGUUUACAUGAGUGGAAGCAUUAGCUUGUUCUGGAAAAUGCGUUGGGGAAAUAUUCUGAAUAAACAAACGCGUGGUGGUCAGUGGUAAAGUGAGAACGUAAAAGUUUUUUACAUGUAAAAUGUUAUGGGCAAAUCUCUCAAAACCUCUCCAGAACAUGGCCAGAUCAUACGAAAUCAUAAGCAACAAAUUGUAAAAUAUAUUUUAAAUACAGAGAACAAUAUUUUGCGUAAAGAAAGUCAACAAUUACAUUUUUUACUAUUGGGGAAUCAAUAAUUGUUUUUGUAUUAUUAUUAUUAUUAUGAUUAUUAUUAUUUAUAUAGUAAUGAUUUGUUCACAUAAUGCAAAAAAAGCAAAAAAAAAAAUCUCAUUGCUGUAAUGUGGUGAACAAAAUGAUGUAAAUUGUACAUUCAUCAUGAUAGUGUUUGUUGUACGGUUCCAGUAUUACAGUAAUGAGACUUACCUUUCAAAAAUAUUUUCACGAAUAUCAAAAAUGUAAAGCUUUCUAGAGGUUCUUUCUUUCUUUUUACAAUCUGUAAAAAAAAUAUAUAACGUGUUUUAUUUUUGAAGUUGUGGUGAAAUGCGAUUUGGACAUGUUUUUGACUGGUUUUUGUAUGAUUUAGCCUUGCUAGCUGCCUGAUUUUUCUGUUCUUCAAACGCUCGCCUCAUUCAUUUAAAUAGGGGUCGGGUUUUGGCGGGAAGUUGACGACGGCUACAUAUCAGCUUCACGAGCGAGACAGUUGCGCCAUGGUCCAACAAUAAAAUAUUAUUAUUAUUAUUAUUAUUAUUUUUGCUUGCCCUGGGAAAGACGUUCAGCCAGAAAGUCCACGUUUGCAGAAGUGUAAGAACCUGAGCCAAUAUCUGCUUUUUCCCUCGAGCACGACGAUCUUAAUUUAACAGCCCUGACUAGAAGACUGUCUCAUCAGGAAUGCGUUUUCUCAAGCAUCUAACUUAUUGUAUCAGUUGUUUAAGAUUAUUUUUAAAGUGUUUUCUUUUUCACUGUAUAUUAUCACUUAAUUUUAUUCAGCAAUAUUUUCCGUGUCGAGCAUGUAUUGUUUAUACGUGAGGGGUGUGUUGGUUUGUUUGUAUGUACGCACAUUGAGUGGAAAAUCACUAAACGUGUCAAUCGGUGGUGCAUCAGGCAGUAAAAUCAAUUAAACGUGGUUUAUACUUCA